CUCCGGUCCUCCGAAGUAUGCAACUAUUCGACCUGCCCAUUGACCAGGCAGUUUUCCGAUCUCAGAGUCUCUCAGGUCUAUAAUUAUGCGCGAAUGGCACGACUCUGGCUCCACAAGAUCAUUCAUCAAGCCGCAUCAGGCGUGAUCGCGCUGGCACCACCGGAAGAGGAAACACGCGCAGAGGCGAUGGAUCUCGCGGAGAAGAGUGCACUCAUGGCUACAACGAUGUUGACCCAGUACAAUCAGACGAUUGCCGCGUGUCGAAAAGAGCUCUGUGCGACGAGUGUACCUGCCGAAGGAGAGAGCCAUCGUGUUAUUGCUGCACGGGCUCUCCUCUGGCCUGAGCUCGGGCUUCACUGGGGUCAGAAUAUUCGAGUUCCGGGUAACAUUUCUUGAAAGGAUGAAGGCUGGAUGCAAGAGUACAUGCAUCCAUCUCCCACUCACUGCAUCAAUCGAGGCGAGCUCAUGGUUUCAGUGAGAAAGGCCGCUUAAACCAACAACGACGAACGCAGUAUCUGAUGUACGAUCAGAGCUCUCGACAACGUGGCAAUGACUGAGCACGUGAAAGCGGAAUCAGCGUACCACGCUAGAGAUCUGCAAAGUCAUAUCCAACUCUACCAGAUCCUACUCUGACGGAUCUCCAGCCGGAGUGUCCACUCAAGUCCAUGAAGCCAAUCGCAACACCGUUCGUGAUGGACAAUCAUAUCGCGAGAGAAGCAGAGAUGCAAAACUUCGCAGUCACAUGAAGCUCAUCAUAAA